AUGUUUCAUCUGAUACUGUCUUCUGCCUUUGUCCUCUUGUACUAUGCCAUCUCCACAGUUGUGCCGUCGUCUUUGCACAGACUGCGGCUUGCAAGGAAGAAACCCGCUCUCUCCGCUCCAGUCAAACCUGUCAAACCCCCAAUCACAAGAUCCACCCCAAUUGUCGACCGUGAACUCGAGCUCUAUAAAAGCCUCUACCACCAACUUCACAACCUUGAAUAUCACGCCAAAGCAUUACCUCAAGCACGAGAUGUCUUGGUAAGCUUUCUCUCGGAAGCCAUUGAUUACGCAGACACUCUGUCAGAGCACAACAUUCUUGACAUUCAAUCUUUCAAUGCUGAGGCUCUUUCCGCGUUCAUUCGGACCAGAGAUGACGCCAUCGGCCAUAGGUGGGAAGCGUAUGUUGACCGAAGACGUACAGGCGGUCAGCGAGAAUUGUUCUCGGAUAAAGCAGCAGCAGUGGAGUGGUUGAGACAGAGAGCACCAGUCAAAUACGUGGAUGGUGCAUGGUUAGGCCACAUACACAAGAUCUCAACGCCGUUCGACCUCCGAUCUGUCACCAAGGAUGCCUGGCAAAUUCUGUCCGAGGAGUUAGGCGACGGUGAUCUUGAAAAGCACCACGCCUAUGUCUAUCGCCAACUCAUGAAAGACAUAGACGCCAAACUACCAGAGGCCAAUAGCAUCGACUUCAUCCAGCCUGAACUUGGACUGGACAGCAAGGCGAACUGGAAAGCCGCGUUGGCUCAACUGGUCAUCUCGCUCUUCCCAAACGGAUUUCUUCCCGAGAUACUGGGUUUCAACCUACAUUUUGAGCUCUUGACCUGGGACACCAUGAGAGCGAUCAAGGAGCUGAGAGAGUUGGGCAUCGACGAUUAUUACUUUCGCUUGCACGUCUCCAUCGACAACUCUGAUUCCGGACACACGGCGAUGGCAUUGAGGGUUGUUCUUGCCUACAUGCACACGGUCCGCGAAACCGAACGACCAGCGAAAGUUUCAGAAACCUGGAGGAGAAUCCAAGCUGGCUUUCUGAUGUCUGAGAUGUUUGACCGUGCCGAGACAAGCACGUCACAGUCACGCGGAGCCAGUGACACCUUGACGCCAUUGGAGAUCGAGGUUGUCCGAAUCUUCAAAUCCAAAGCCGCUGUUUCGCAGAAGCUACACUGCGCCUGCCGAGUAAAAUUGCUAGGCAAAUCUUUGGCAGAAUGGCUCGAUCCUCAAUGUUUCGCAACAGAGGACAGCCAAAAAGCCUUCAUCGACGCUCUCGGCAAAGCAAAACCAUGGAUCCGGGCCGGAGACAGCAAAGGAAGCAUGUUCAUGCAACAAAUCUCGUGGAAAGGGCAGAUGUUUGGGGCCUUUACCCAUACGGAGAUUGAGCUGCUCGAACGGUGGAUCGACUCUUUGGCGCUGCCAAUCUCUUCUGACAGAUAUCGAACAUUCUGUCGAGCACAUGACAACGAAUCAGUAAAGACGUCAAAACAAGACAAUGUGUUCACAGACUAUCCAGUCUUUCACAAGGAUUGCCUGAUCCAAUGGCCCCUGGAGACCGACCAUUAUGCGCUCCUGGAGCUCAACGUCGACUUCAAACGACCACCAAAGAUGGACAAAUUCCUUUCUCUCUGGUUUGCGCACCAAGGCUUACUCGAAUCAUUCGUGACUGUCCCUAUAAUGACUUGCAGCGAAUCAUUCUCGGCUAUCAUCAAAGUGUUACGUGUCCAGUAUGGCUUCAAGACCGAGCAAGUGAAUGUCGCCGGCAUGGACGAGUAUCUCCGAGGCGAUGUGAUAGAUCUUGUUGGCAUCGGCUUGCACAUCAUGGACCGGGCUAAUCUUGGAAACCCCUCCUCUUUGGCUGAGGUGAUGGCAUCAAGAGACGCAUCGCAUGCUGAAGUAAUGCUCGAUCUCUCCAUGAAGCCUUUGGAUAACGCGAAUGUUCUUGUUGGUAUGGCCACAGCUUUUGGUGAUUUGAAGUCCGGCAUGGUAUCCAGUACCCACUGCAACCUUCUCGGACCAGGUAUGUCAAUCGUAUUGAGAAGGAUGGUGGAAAGAGAAAGAGACGGACUGAAUGUGUGGCGUACUGGACUAGUCAAAGGUUCACCAGAGGACAAAGAAUAUCGUAAGGGAUUUGCUUGGGCCAAAUCAGCAAUAGAGGAGUGUUUUUGA